AUGACGGAUUAUAUGGCUCAAAUGCUCAAUGAGCUUAUGGGCCCACAGCGCAACUCUUUACCUGGAGAAAGCGCCGCUAUUGAUUUCGAUCAUCCUGAUGUAUGCAGGGAUUUUCUUGUUGGAUUCUGUCUUGCGGAAGCAUUUCGAAACACAAAAAACGACCUUGGGUUCUGUCCAUUCCCUAUUCAUGACGAAGCUUUGAAGAAACGCUAUCAGGAAGAGCAACCGCUUCGGUCGGCUUGGUUAUGA